CACCACCAUGAACUAUCACCGCCUUUGACAUGAGCUUCUUCGCCGCAGAGGGCACGGGUAUUCAUUCGAGGGAUUGCAGGCGGAUGAGGACCGCGGGAAUCGCCUGAGGACGAAGCGGCCAAGCAAUUCUUGCCCUUGCAAGAACCAGAACCCGGCAUCGCAGAUCUGCGCAGGAUGUCGACCUCGUCCAAAUCGUCCGCGAGGUCGGUCAGGUCGAUCAGGUCGGUGGUCAGCGACUAUGGGACCAUUGCGCAGUCCGACACCGACAGCGACAAGUCCUCUGAUGUCUCGCCCCAUGGAAACGACUACGAUGGAGGCUCUGGCAGCGAGGUGCCGUACGACCGGGCGAGAAGACGCUCAUUUAUCGAGGAAGACGAGGAUCCGCUGCAAAUCGAAUUGCCUGUCAAGAAACCCAAACCGGUCACCUGGAGCAGUUUGCCGCACAAAGGUCAAUUGGCCAUCUUGACUGCUGCUCGACUUGCGGAACCCCUGGUCCAAACUUCUCUCCGUUCAUAUUUGUUCUACCAACUAAAAUCUUUUGACAGGAGCCUUCCGGAUUCCGUUAUUGCUUCACAAGCGGGAAUAAUGCAGAGUUCUUUUGCUGCGGCCCAACUUUGUACUGCGAUGUUAUGGGGUCGCGCUUCCGAUCAUGGAGGACGAAAAAGAGUGCUUCUGAUUGGCCUUUCUGGUACAAUGAUUUCGUGUCUUGGAUUCGGAUUCGCGACCACUUUUUGGCAAGCUUUGAUUUUCAGGAUGCUGGGAGGUGCUUUGAAUGGAAAUGUUGGCGUUAUGAGGACUAUGGUUAGUGAAAUUGUUAGGGAGAAGAAGUACCAGUCAAGAGCUUUUCUGAUUCUCCCAAUGUGUGCGAACAUUGGCGUUAUUAUUGGCCCAAUGAUGGGAGGUUUGACCUCUGAUCCCGCUGGGAAUUAUCCCAGCAUUUUUGCAGGCAUCAAAUGGCUGGAAAAGUUCCCAUACUCGCCCCCGAAUAUUAUCAGCGCAAUUUUCUUGUUUUGCGCUGCAUGCUUUAUAUUUUUUGGUCUCGAGGAGACCCAUGAGCGAUAUGCUCAAGAGCACGAUCGUGGCGUCCACUUUCGCCGAAAAGUGGCAGGAUCUCUCAGAAGAAUUUUCAAAGGAGAGAAAUCAGGAUACCGAAGUUACGAAUCCCUACUCGACUCCCACGAUGGAUCGGUCACUGAGUACGAGCCUCCGAAACCCAAGAAACACAUCGCACCACGCUACAAGAACAAACUUCCUUUCCGUCGAAUCUUCACUUAUAAUGUCAUUUGUACAUUAAUAUGUCACGCGCUCAUGGCUGGCUCAAUGGGCACGUUUAAUAAUGUUUGGUACUCGUUCCUCUCGACACCGGUUUACGACCCGGCCAAGGCACCACCAGAUUACACACCUCACCCCCCAUUUACGUUUACCGGAGGAAUUGGGCUCCCUCCGCGCAGUGUUGGCUUUGCCAUGGCGAUUUUGGGCUCCAUCGGCAUUUCAAUGCAAUUGUUCAUAUAUCCCUUGGUCAACGACCGACUCGGCACCGUUCGCUCCUGGCGAAUUUUCCUUUACUGCUUCCCAUUCGUCUAUAUACUGGCUCCCUUACUCUCUCUGAUCCCCUCCACGACUCCACCGCCUUCUCAGAAGACUGGCUGGCCGAUUUGGAUUUCAAUCACUAGUGUACUUUUCCUACAGGUUGUCGGGAAAACGUUCGCUUCGCCUGCUACGACAAUCCUAAUCAACAAUUGCAGUCCACAUCCUAGUGUUCUCGGGACGAUACAUGGAAUUGGUCAGACUGCGAGCAGUGCAGCAAGAACUGUUGGCCCCGCCUUGGGAGGAUUCCUUUACGGCCUUGGGCUGCGGAAUGGGGUUGUUGCUGCUGUGUUCUGGGGCUUGGCGAUUGUUGCUUCGUUUAGUUGUGUGGCGAGUAAUUGGGUCAGAGAAGGCAAUGGCCAUGAAAUAAGACUAGAAGGUGACGACGAAGCAGAAGCUGAGGCGGAAGCCGAAAAUAGACCUUUAUUGAGGUCGUUAUUAGAGUUGUAGUAGCUUAGAGUAGAAUACGUUAAUAAGGCCGCGAGGUGGAUUUACCUGUGAGUUAUACAUAGAAGUCCUCGGACAAGCUACGGUGUCAACAAUAGUCUCACAAAUAUGACCAGGAAAUCUCGGCAUCUC